AUGCCCCUAGACGUGGAUCAGCCUCCGAUCUUCUCCUUGUUAGAGGACCGGGCAUCAGUAGCUAUCCGGUGGAAGAAGUGGAAGACACGGUUCCAGUUCUACUUGGAUGCUAAAGGAGUUACCAAUAGACCUCAGAGGCGUGCCUUACUCUUGCAUGUGGCUGGUCCGGAGGUACAAGUAAUAUUCAGCACACUACCACCACCCCUGACAACCUAUGAGGAGAUACAAACAGCCCUAGACAAACACUUCACACCUAAGACAAAUAUAAGGUAUGAACGUGUAUUGUUCAGACAGGUCAGGCAAGAAGAAUGUGAAACAACAGAUAGCUUUGUCACACGACUCAGGAAGUUAGCAGAAACCUGUGAAUUCCAUGACACUGAGGAUGCUAUUCUAGAUCAGUUGAUCGAGAGAUGUGCUUAUAGUCAGUUAAGGAGAAAAGCUCUUCAGGAGACAGACUUAACUCUAGAGAAAAUGUUACUGCUAGCUAGAGCUAUGGAAGCAUCAGACAGGCAAGCUAAGGUAAUUGAAGGUAAUAACCAUAGCAGCCAGUCUGCUAAAUCUGUUGUGAAUCAGAUAAAAAAGAAUGCCAGGACCAAAGUAGAUGGAAAGAACACUGUCAAUACUACCAAUUCUAAGUACAAACUAAGUCAUCCUACACAACCACAAGGUAACAAACAAACUACAACAAAUAGGAAAUGUUAUAGAUGUGACUACACAAAUCAUGCACCAUGGCAGAAAGAUAAAUGUCCAGCAAUGUCCCAGCAAUGUUCAUCUUGUAAAAAGAUAGGGCAUUUUGCUAGUAUGUGCAGGACCAAGAAAAAAGUAUAUGCUACUUCAAAACCCACAGAGUCAAAUGCAGAGACAGAGCAACUGGGUGAGUCUCAGGAUAACAAGGGUGACAAUGAUUUACAUUGGGCUUUCAGAGUUGACUCAGUAAGAAGUUCUCAACAAAGGAUUAUGCUCAAUAUUACACUGAAUGGCAAGCCUGUAAAUAUGCAGCUAGACACAGCCGCUGAUGUCACUCUAGUGUCUGAGAAUCUGGCUAGGUCUAUUCCAAAUGUGAAAAUUAUGCCUUCUAAAGUUCAGCUCUUAGACUAUAGUGGUAAUAAUAUAAAAGUUGUUGGUGCUAUGGAUGUAGAUGCUGGUUAUGACCGGAAAGAAUAG